UUAUAGUAUGGAACGAAGGAUUAACCUUCUAUUGUCCCAAUAAUUAAAUGGAUAAAACCACUGAACCAAUUUACGAUUUGCACAGAAACGAACAUGUGUUUAUUUAAAAUCUAUACUAAUGGAUUUUUAAAAUUGCUACAUGUACUUAGUAUCAAUUCAUAAAAACUGAAUGUUGAAAAUGGCGUCUAUCCCAUGUUGAUACCGCAGACGGUACGCGAGUCUCUCCCCGUUAGAAUGGACGAUGUUUGUUCUCAACAUUUAAAAUCCAGUGUUUAUCGACAACUUUGUUGAAAUCUUCCCAAUUCAGACUCGCAUGCCAUAUCUACCGUUGUUAAUUACACAAGAUGAUAGUUAUACUCCAGGAGCAUAAAAUAUGGACAUUUGAAGAGAAUGUAUUUGCCAACAGUUCUCUGAGCAAAGAACCAUCUCAGGAUUAGAGAUCGAAAGUAUGCUCUUGGCUGAAUCCGGAUCCGAUGUUGUGUGAAGUAGUAGGAGGCCACUGUUUUAAUGGAAUUAGAUGUUAAAUCCUUCACGUCGUAGUGUCACUAUAAAGAAAUAUCUAAUCGAUAGGACUGAGGAGCCUACAAUCAAAAUCAAAUCGAGAUCGAAGAAUGCAAAAAAUGACAACAGCAUAAUACCUCUUUCUAAACGGAUUGUGAAUGUAGGAUCGAAUUUAUAAGGAAACGCAUUGUUUUUGUAGUGAUUUUUCAAUCUAUAGCCACACUCACAAGAAAGGAUAUUUCAGAAGGAAAAUAUGAAUCCACCCCAUUGGCAUCGACUUAAAUACGUAAUAGUUCAAUAUGAUGCCGUCAAAAUUUCCCAAAAUGGCGUCUUCACAUAGAGCAGACGAUCAUGGAUCGUUUGUUAAAACCAAAAAGUGACCCGGUGGAUCGACAGGCCACGUUCGAAACAGAUUCCACACAGGCGCAUCGUUCUCGGAGCGGUGGAAUUAAAAGGGGUACCCUUGCACUUCCUGUGAUUGGAAGUGAAAACUCCCUGCAGACCCCACCGAUAAAAGAAGGAACUUUUGAAUCAGAAAGUGGACUUCAAACCCCAGACACUAAGAAGAAUAGGAAACAAAAGCCAGAACAUAUUCAUGGAAAAAAUGGAAUAAAUGUGAAUUUGAAUGACAAGAAUAGGAAGAGUAACACGGAUGAUCCUUCUCUAAAGAAAGAGAAAUCAGAAAAACCUGAGAGGAAUGAUAAAUCUGUUAAUAAACAUAGUAAGAUAAACGAUUUUCAUCCUCAAGAGACAAUACCCUCGUCAAACAACAAUUAUUUAAAAGACAAGAAACCUGUGGCAAUUACAAAGACAACAUCUUUAAAUAUUGAUGGAGAAAAAGACACCGAAAGCAAAAGUUCAAGUACUUUAACAGUGAACAAAAAGCUUAAGAAUGAUAAACGUGAUUCAAAGCAGCAAGAGCUAGAGUUAAAUACACUAAAGAAGCCAGAAGUCAAAGUCAAUGAUGUUUCUCUAAAGAAUGGAAACUCGAACGAUUCGCUAUCAAAAUCGAGUAAUAAAAGAAAACCUGAAUUAAAAAAACAAAAGGACGAAGGCAUUAAUGUUAAAGCAAGGGGCACUUUAAGUAAAGAUCAAUUGACUCGUCCAGCUAAAGAAGAAACUAAGGCAGAUCAAAUUAAGGAAAAGCAAAGUAAUGUACGAAAUAAAGUGAACCUAAGCGAUGUUUCAAAAACUGAUGAAAAAUCUACAACAGAAGUGAAAGGAAAAAAGUCUUCUUUAGAAGUGAUAAACAAUGAAAAGCAAGCGAAACAAGAAUCUGUAAAAGUCCCUCCUGUCAGUAAAGAUGAGCAGAUAAGACAAUCUACUACAGCAAAACAAGAUCAAAAAAACAAAUCAUCGAAGUCCAAAGUAUAUGGAAGUGGAGAGUCUUCUAAAUCGAAAGUUUCGAUAAAAUCUUUAGCCGAAGCGAGUGAAAGGGUAGAAAAUAAAGAAUUUGACGCUGAUGCAUUAUCAAUAGACUUGUUCCAAUUUGAGGGUGAAAAUUCCCAUCUUCCUCCUACUAGCACCGCCUUGAAAGAUAGUAAUAUUCAAACCGAGAACUUUAAACCCAAGAAGUCAUCGGUCACUUCACAAAUUCUUGAGACGAAUGUGAAAAAAGGUUCAAAAAAUGACCAGUCCUUAAUAGCAGACGAAUCCAUACCUACAACCAAGGUUGAUAAACAAAGUAAAGAAAAAUGGAAAAGCAGUGAGUCGUCUAGUCUUCGAAAAAACAGUGUUGAUGACAGAUCCACAAAAACUAUUUCAGAUAUUAACAAUUCAAGUAAAAACAAUAUAUCUGCCAAUAGUGACAGUAGUAGUAAAUCGUCCUCAGCUUCUGAAAAAUAUACUCAAUUGCAUACUUCGCCGAGAAUAACUCAUCCAGAGCGUUUGGUUUCCCCAGAUAUACAUACUCAUACCAAUCUGCAUAUUACCCCAGCCGAAAGAGAGAAAUUUCCAGAAAAACGUUCAAGCAAUUUUGCACCAGACUACGAUAAUUACGAAAACUUCAAGACAUCAGAGACUUUCAGAAUGGAGCCAUUAAAGAGCAGACAGCCUGGGGCAGAAAGAAUGACUGAAUCAUAUGAAUCAGUCUAUGCAGAACGAAAAACGCUUCUAGAAGCCGAACUUGCUUACAAAAAGAGAAUAAAGCAACUGGAAGAUGAGCUUAACCAGUUUCUUCGUACAAUUGAUGACCUUCGAGCAGAAAAUAAAGCUCUACGAUUGCGUAUAGAUGACUUAGAAUCUAACACCGAAUCAGUUAGCCCAGCGCUUGAUGGCCACCAGAGUAAGAACACUAUUGUGAUAGAUACAGAAAAAAAUGGCCUUGAAGCGAGAAUUGAGGAUCUCGAAAAACGAAAUAAAGAACUUGAGCAGCGAAAUACGGAAGUCAAUGCCAAAGUGAAAUUGGCUGCAUCUGAAAAUGAAUCAUUGUCAAAAGAUAACGAAGUAUUGAGAAAAAGAAUAGACUCGGAGACGCCAAAGUCUUCAACAGACAAACUGCAAGAAGAAUCGCAGAAAACAAUCAAGUCAGACGAAGAAAAUCGGAAAUCAACUGAGGAUCUUAACAAAAUUAGAUUAGAACUCGAGUCAACAAAGAAAGAAAACGAGCAGUUGAGGAAGGAAAAUGAAGAGCAUAUAAGGCAUCAGAAUUCAAAUUCAAUGGAAAUCGAAAAGCUGAAGCAGCAAGUUGUGGACGCAAAAAUUGAAAGCAAAAAGAUGGAAGUGGAAAUGGAAAGGUACCGCGAAUUGGCCACACCUCGUAAUGACAGUGCAAUGUCUCCGAACACGGAAAAGAUGGAGUUAAAGGCACAGAUCAUCGGUUUACAGACAGACAAUCAGUCACUGAAUGAAGACGUAAUUAAAAUGAAAGCAGAACAUUUGGAAACUUUAAAGAAAUUACACGAUUUGGAAAAAACAGCCAAUUCUUUUCAAAAUAGUGUUACUGCUGUUGAGUCUGAAAAACUCUCAGAAAUUCAAACACUAAAAAAUGAAAAUUCGAAACUAAAAACGGAGAACAUGGCCUUGCAAGAAUCUCUUGCUCAAAAGAAAACUGAGAUACAGGAGCUAAUGGUGGUCAUGAAAGACGAUAAAUUUGACACGGAGAUAAAAGAAUUGAACGAUUACAAGACCAAACUUACAGAUUCAUUAAAAGAGAAAGACGAGGAAAACCAAAAGCUGGAAAGGAAAAUUGAAGAACUUACGAGUAAAAGUGAAGUACUGGAUAAAGAAAAGAAAAUCUGUGAAAGCAAUGUGGAGAGUUUGGCAAAGCUGAACGACACACGCAAAGCAGAGAUAGCCGAUCUACAACAGAAAUUGAAGGACUCCAUAUCUGAAACCGAGGCAGAGAAAAGUAAAUUAGCCAAUCUAGCCAAAGCAGAGAAAGAUAUCGAAGAGGCUAACACUAGAGCUAGUAAAUUUGAAAAGGAUUUAGACAAUGAACGUAUAAAGAAUGGCAAAGAAACAGAGGAACUGAAGGCGAAACAUGAAAAAGACCGAAAACAAUUGAAGGAAUUACAUGAGCAAGAAAUUGAAGAAUGGAGAAAAAAAUACAUCCAACUUGAGAAAGAAAAUCAGGAGGAGAUAAGACUAUUAAAGCUUGAAAUUGAAAGACUUAAAGAGGAACUGGAGAAGCUUGACAAAUUGAAGUCAGCUGUCAACGAAUUGGACGAAGCCAAGAGUGACAUUCUGACUCUUCAAAAUAAAUAUUCACAAGUAGUGAGAGAUUUAGAGGAGAGGUCACAGGUGGAACAACGUAAUUUUGAGUUGUCUUUGAAAAUUGAUGCACUGAAUAAGAAAGUAAAGCAACUGGAAAAAGAAAACAAGGAAUUUCAAGUUCAGAAGGAUAAUGCAAACGACAUUGACUCUAGUACUAAGCGUCUUACGGAGGAAAAUAAACGCCUCCGUGAAAUUGUUGAUAAAGCUCAGUUAAACACUAAACUAGAAGUGUUAGAAAGAAAGCAAAAAGAUGCAGAAACGCGAGUCAAACAAUUGGAGGGCUGGGUAGGGGAUUUAUACGAGGAACCUCGAGAGCCUGCCACGUAUGCUGGAAAGCACAGGGCAGACAAAAAGAAGAAGCAGCCAUUCUCCAAGGCUGCUGUCCCAACAGUUGCAGAAAAGGUGAACAAACGACCGCGAAGUUUGGACGAGGUGAACAUCAAGGUGGAGGAGGACAAAAUGACCCAUUCUUCAACACCUUCCCUUCCAAAUAUAUUUGAUCGGGACAAAAAUCAACAACUGUCAUUUGGACUUGGCUAUAGUCAAAUUCACAAACGUAGAGUGAACGCCUCCACCAAGUAUAAAAAAUAGGUAUUUUAUUUUGAAGUGACCUCCGUGUUUUGAAGUAGACGUCGAUUGAUAAACUAUUGUCACGACAGGUAUGUCUUGCCAUGCAAGAGCGCACUCAAAAUUGAUUACGCAAAUAGAUAUGAUGCACUUGAAGUGACAAGUACUUGGCAUGAGGUCUUCAGAACUUUCAUGUGGAAAGGAUGAUAAUUUCAAAUUCGUGCUAUGCAGUGAAUUUGUCCAUUUAAAUCUGUGAUAAAAUAGUGUAUAUAUAUUUAUAUAUUUCUUACUUCGAUUUACGUUGCAUUCACAUGUACAUAAUGUAUAUUUUAGAAUUAUUUAAAUCCACUGUUUAUCUUGGGAUUGUUCAAGAGGAGUUUAAAACACUGAGAGAAAAAUAAAAGACGAUCCUCGUUGCCCAAAAAA